AUGACUAAAAAAUGCAAAGCAUGUGAAAUAUGGGAGAAACAUCGUGGAACAGAAGCUUAUAACACUUGGUUUUCUGAUCACGAUUGUGAUAUAAAUCAUACCAAAUCUGCAGGUUCAAUGGAAUCUGAAGGUGCAGUUCAUAUGUUCAACCGUUCUGAGUCAAAAUAUAACUUAAGGUAUAACAAUUAUAUUGGUGAUGGUGAUUCUAGUUCAUUUAAAAGGGUAGUUGAAUCAAAGCCAUAUGGAGAUGCAUUCAUAAUUAAUAAAUUAAAAUGCCUUCAUGGCCAAACGCAAAAUGUAAAUGAGUGUUUGAAUGGAAUUAUUUGGGCACGCUGUCCAAAAUCUACUUAUUGCAGCAGGAAAGUUCUUACAAUUGGUGUGUGUUCUGCUAUCAUAAGUUUCAAUGAUGGCAUUAAUGGUAUUGGAAAUGUUUUUGAUUGUUUAGAUAUUCCACGUGGAAGUUUUUUUGAACAAAAUGCUUUAAAAAGUGAUAAUCAUAGAGUUAUAAUUCAUCUUAAACAAUCAUCUAAUAUUUCAAAAUAACAAAGAAAAGUAAGAAGAAGCCUAAGAAAAGGGUAUAUAGACAAAAACAAAGAUAUUGAAGGGUGCCAAUCUUAUAAUUCAGGAUCCUAUUGAGUGAACUCUGUUUUGUUUUAUGUCAAUAAAUAUUAACUGAUUUUUAAAA